AUGUUUUGGAACACUUCGCCGCCGCCGAUGGAUGCAUUAGAUUUUUGCGCCGCCGCCGAAGGCGCCCAAGUUUUGUGGAGGUCCUCUUAUGUUGCAGCGACACUAUCGACGACACUAUUGCUUAUGGCAUGUAUUGAUCGGUAUCUGAUGUCAUCAUCAAAAAUGAAGUAUCGAAAUUUGGCUACGGCUAGAACGGCAACACGUUAUGUUAUUCCAACAGUGAUUGCUGUUUGUUGUCUACUCUAUAUUCAUAUGCUACUCUUUUAUGAAAUUCAACUCGGUCAAUGUCAGGCGGCUAUUGGAUGGUACUCGGAAUUCUUUUUGUACUGGUAUCUUGUGUCUUACACUCUAUUACCACCUACUUUGAUGACCACAUUUGGUCUCCUUACUCUGAAUAACGUUAAAAAGGUGCGACAAUGUCUUGCAGUAGCACCAACACAGUCAAAAAAGUUUAUAAAACCUGUUUAUACAAAUCCGGCUGAUCAUGCAAAUGGUCUGGCAAAAGUGUCACAAGCAUUACACAAUGCUUUUUCGCACACACGUGCUGAAUGGAUAAAAUCUGGCAAGAUGGAUAAAAAUGGAAACCUUCUUAGAGUAACAGCAACCGAGAUAUUUGCCGAUAUUCAGACGACAUUGGCCGGUAGUCAGCCUCCACCAUCCGUCAACAGUGAUGAUUCGACAACGACUGGUCAAAAUGUGAACAUUGAUGCAUAG